CGCGAAUGCUGGGUUUGAGAGGCCGGAAGUAGUGCUGCCGUUGCUCGCAGUUUCAAAAUGCGGUGGAGGCCUUAGGAUCUACAACUGCCACCCCUCCCCUAGUUAGGAGGGGGUGCGACUCAUGGAGCGGCCGUAAGUUUGCUAACUGACUGCGGAAUCUUCACUGCCAAAAUGACAUCGCAAUCCAAUUCUGCCCAGUGCUCAACAUCCGACAGUGCUUGCAGAAUUGCUUCGGAACGAGCUAGUCAGCAGGUACGACCAAAACUGCCACUUCUGAAGAUUUUGCAGGCAGCAGGUGCUCAAGGUGAAGUAUUCACCAUGAAAGAGGUAAUGCACUAUCUAGGCCAGUACAUAAUGGUGAAGCAGCUCUAUGAUCAACAGGAGCAACAUAUGGUAUAUUGUGGUGGAGAUCUUUUGGGAGACCUACUUGGAUGUCAGAGCUUUUCUGUGAAAGAUCCAAGCCCUCUCUAUGAUAUGCUAAGAAAGAAUCUUGUCACAUCAGGCUUUGAUAACACAGAUGCUGCUCAGACUCUCGCUCUCGCACAGGAUCACAGUAUGGAUAUUCCAAGUCAAGACCGACUGAAGCACAGUGCAACGGAGUGCUCCAGUUCCAGAAAAAGAACUGAAGAAGAUGAUACUCAUACACUGCCUACCUCACAGCGUAAAUGCAGAGACUCUAGAGGAGAUGAAGACUUGAUAGAACAUUUAACUCAAGAUGAUACAUCUAGGCUGGACCUUGAUUUUGAGGAGUGGGAUGUUGCUGGCCUGCCUUGGUGGUUUUUAGGGAACUUGAGAAACAACUAUAUAUCUAGAAGUAAUGGCUCAACUGAUUUACAGACAAAUCAGGACAUAGGUACUGCCAUUGUUUCAGACACUACGGACGAUAUGUGUUUUUUAAAUGAGUCAGUGUCAGAGCAAUUAGGUGUUGGAAUAAAAGUUGAAGCUGCUAAUUCUGAGCAAGCAAGUGAAGUAGGGAAAGCAAGUGACGAAAAGGUAAUUGAAAUGAGGAAAGAUGAUGAUCUUGAGUCCUUAAGUGAUGAUACUGAUGUGGAAGUUACUCCUGAGGAUGAGUGGCAGUGUACGGAAUGCAAGAAGUUUAAUUCUCCAAGCAAGAGGUACUGUUUUCGCUGCUGGGCCUUGAGGAAGGAUUGGUAUUCAGAUUGUUCUAAAUUAACUCAUUCUCUCUCCACAUCUAAUAUUACUGCCAUACCUGAAAAGAAGGAGAAUGAAGGAAUUGAUGUCCCUGAUUGUCGGAGAACCAUUUCGGCUCCUGUUGUUAGGCCUAAAGAUGUAUAUUUAAAGGAAGAAAAUUCCAAGUUUGACUCUUGCAACUCAGUGGAAUUUUUGGAUUUGGCUCAUAGUUCUGAAAGCCAAGAGACCAUCUCAAGCAUGAGAGAACAAAGAGAGAUUUUUUCUGAGCAGAAAACGGAAACAGGAAGUAUGGAAGAUUGCCGGGAUAUCUUGAAGCCAUGUAGUGUAUGUGAAAAAAGGCCUCGGGAUGGGAACAUUAUUCAUGGGAAGACCGGCCAUAUGACAACAUGUUUCCACUGUGCCCGGAGGCUGAAGAAGUCUGGGGCUUCAUGUCCUGCUUGUAAGAAAGAGAUUCAAUUGGUUAUUAAAGUUUUUAUAGCAUAGUUGAGUCAGUUACAGAGAAAUAUUAGGAAGACUGGGUCAUUUAUUUAAAAAAAAAUCAGUAUUCUUAGAGACAGGGGCAGAAUAUCACCAACUUUGAUACUAGUCAGGGCUAUAUAAUAAGAUCUUGGUUUUAAAAAUCAGUGUUCAACAUCUUCUAUAAAUGUGACCAAUUGUAUGUGGUUUCUUUUUUGUUUUGUUUUUUUUUUUUCUUUUUUCUUUUCUUUUUUUUUUUUUUUUGUUUUUUGUUUUUUCAAGACAAGGCUUCUCUGUGUAGCCUUGGUUGUUCUGGACUUGCUUUGUAGACCAGGCUGCCCUUGAACUCACAGAGAUCCGCCUGCCUCUGCUUCCCAAGUGCUGGGAUUAAAGGUGUGUGCCACCACCGCCUUUAUGUUUGUUUAUGUAAGCAUAUAUGGAAUUUUGGAAGAUCAGUUUUGAUAUAUUCAUUAAUUAGAAAGAUACAUAAAUCUGUUUUCCUUCUAAACCGUAACUCUGAGGGAAUAAUCCCAGUACAAACAUAACAGUUCAUUCUUUCAUUCACUUACCAAAUUAUUGCAAGAAUAAUUGCUUAGUUGAUUUUAUUCUCUACCCUGCUGUUAUGUUCUGGAGGCUUCAAAAUAUAAAGUAGUUUAUUAGAAAAAUACUAGGGCUAGUACUGAAAAAAAACCACAAAUCUAAUUGGUCAUUCACUGUGUAGCCAAGGGUGACCUUGAAGUCUGAUCCCUGUCUCUGCUGUGUAGGUGCUGUGCUUACAGGCUUUCCUACCAUGUCCAGCUGAAAUCUCUUAGCUUUAAAUCAGAUAACACAAGUGUACAUCUCUGUACAGUCUUAGUUACCAGCUCUAAAAAGAGAAGGUAUUGACUUUGUAGCCAACAAUUUGCAUUUGUCUCUUGGAAGCUGGCUAGGUGUUUUUAUCCUGUGUACUUCUGGAGUGGUUCACAUUCUGUGGCAGUGGCUUACCAUAAGGAUUGAAUAAGUGGAGAGAAGUGUAGCAGCUGAGAAAAGGGAGGGAAACAAAAUUGAUCUCUUUAAUUCUACUUAGUCAUUUUAGAGCACAUCUAUUUAGUAUAAUACCGUUGUAUGAACUGAAGAUCUUCAACUGAGCCCCUUCUAUCUAUUUGUGUCUGGUGUUCCAAGGGGGAGAUCUUAAUGUUUCCCCAGAGAUGUGAACACAUCAUUUUAAAGAUCAAGUGGCAAGAACUAUUGAAUUUGGGAGUCAGCUAGCUGUCUUUGGCCUUUCCUUUGGCUCAUACUGUUAGAAGGGGGGGAGAUACAGUGUCCAGUCCCAUAAUGUCUCUGCUGGACCAGGACCGUGGGCUUCUAUAAUUAUUACUAAGGGGAGGUAUGUUAGCAUUUGUUUUUGAAUUGAUCACAUAUUCCCUGUCCAGUCCCAUUGCUCUACCAGUAGAUCAACUCCACCAAAUUCCCACUGGUUAGUUCUCAGAGUUACUCUUCAGUUGCUGUGAGAAAACACCAUGACCAAGGCAAAGUAUAAAAGAACACAUGUAAUUAGGUUUGCCUUUUGAGAAUGUUAGAAUCCAUGAUAGCAGGAACAGCUGAAAGCUCCCAUCUUGAUCCACAAGUGGGUGGCACAGAAAGAACCCUGGAAAACCCAGAGCCUGCCCCCAGUGUCAUACUUCCUCUAACAAGGCCGCUUAGUUCUAAUCCUUCCCAAACAGUUCCACCAGCUGGGGCCAAAUAUUCAAACAUGACCCCAUGGUUUAAAUUGUCAUGUAAACCACCAAAUUCCACUCCCUAGUUACCAUAGGCUCUUGGCCAUAUUAUAAUGCAAAAUUCAUUUAGCCCAACUUCAAAUCCUCAGAGUCUUUCUAAAACCAAAGGUAAUCUCAUAAUUGUAACCACCUGAAAAAUCAAAAAAGCAAAUUAAAUGAUCUGGACAUACAAUGGCACAGAAUACAUUACUGUUCCAAAAAGGUUAUAUUCAAGUACUGGUGAGGAAAUACUACACCAAAGCAAGACUGAAACCCAGCCAGGCAAAUUCCAAAUCCUGUAGCUCUGGAAUCAAAACGCUUAGAGCCACCCUUUGCUGACUACAACAUACUUUCUGAUUCCAUUUGUAUGCAGCUCUUUUUGCCAGAUAUCACAUGACUCUGACAGUCUCAAGUGCAGCUCGAGUAUCACCUUCAUAGCUUCAUGCAGCUGCCUCUCAGGGCUUCUUGCCCUCUCAGGGCCUUCAAGCAGAAACUCUCCUGCCACCCAUUCAGUGACUUUAGUGACUUUCCUUAUCUGAGGAGGAAGAUUCCACAACCCCUUUUCUCAUGUAUUUUUCAUGAAUCUAAAGCCAGAUGACAUGGCCAAGUUGUUUUGCCUCCUUGGGAUGGAGCCUGACCUUGAAUCUUACAGCAGCUCUAUUUGGUUGUUGCUUUUUAGGAGCAGGGCCUUUUCCUGUCAGAAGUUGGAAGCUUAGCUGGGUGGGGUUUUAUCCUGAAGGCAUCCCAGGCAUCCCUCUCUUUCAAUUCACAUAAGGCCUCUCCUUAAUUUCUCUUUCUGAGCACAAGCCUUUCCGCCAACAUUCCUGCAAGUCCUUUUUUAUUGCAGUCCUGCAUAAAAACAAUUACUAAUAACUAUGCUUCAUAGUCCACAUUAGGCUUUCUGGAAAUCUCCUCUGUCAAAGAAAUUAGUCCCUUCACCUCAGGCUUAGGCAAAUGCUUAGGAUAAGGGUAGAAGGCAGCCACAUUCAUUAAACAUAAACAAAAUAGUUUUUAGUCCAGUUACUAAUAGGUGUUAUCAUCUGAAGCCACUUGAAUUAGGUUUCCACACAUCAUACUCAGCACUACUGUUUUCCAAGGCUCCUACUAGGCUCAUUAAGCUCUGCUCUUAACCUUCAACCACUUUCUUAGUCCAGAGUCCCGAAGUCUGCCACAUUCUUCUGAAAGACCACAUGGUCAACUCUGUCACAGCAGUGUUUCACUCAGAUGCUGUGACAGAAUACCCUGACCACGCAAAGUAUAAAGGAAAGCAUUUACUGGGUUUAUAGUUUCAGAGGAUCAGUUCAUAAUGACAGAAACAGUUGAGCACUCACGUCUAGAUCUGCAAAUAGGAGGCAGAGAAACCCAGGAAUGACAUGGACUUCUGAAACCCUUAAGUCUUCACACUGUGAUACAUUUCCCCCAACAAAGGUACAUCACCUAAUCCUUCCCAACAUGAGCCGCCUAGUGGGCCAUUCCCAUACAAACCGCCAGUUUGCUAAGGAGCUCUUUUCUAAGCUGCCAGUUUAUAAUUUUAGUAGUUGUAGCAAACCUGAGUAGGGUUUGCCUUUCUUCAGUGGCCAAGUCCUUGGUAUUAUGGAUCUUCUUCCCAUAUUGAAAAUCUUGUAGCUCCGUAUGGCUUGAUGUGCAGCCUUUUUGAGAAAUUGAUAACAGACAUCUAUAUCUACAUCUCGAUAGUGAGAAUAACAAACUAGGGUAGAGGUGAUCACAGAUGUAAUCAGUCCCAGUCCUGGCUUCAGAACAGGCCAUGAUACUCCACGCCUGGACUCCGGUAAUUUCCUAGCCAGGACCUGGACCUCCUUCUGGGUAGAAUUGGGUCAUUAAGAUUUUUAUUUCAAGCACUAAGUUCAAAAUAGAAUGCAUAAGUUAUUUUCAUUUUAAUGCUUCUCUUUAUCCUUUAGGUCAGAGUCUUAGUGUUUAGCCAUGAUUGGCCUGGGCCUCACCCUGUAGCUCAGGCUGGCUUCAACUUUUCAGUGAUCUGCUUUUGCCUCUUGAGGGCUGGGAUUAUAGGCAUGUGCUGGUUAAAAUUCUCAUUUUGCUUGUCAUGUAAGUUAAUUUAGUAUUUGUGAUCAUGCUGUCUUGGACAAAAAGUGCAAGGCAGAGAUGACAUUAUUAGAAAAGUCUCCAGGGCCUCACGGUUACACAUUCCUCAUAGAGGACUUCAUGGUCUUUGGUGUGCUUCUGUUUACUACUAUCAGACUAGAAAUCCAGAGCAAGGCUUCAAACAGCUGUUACUGCCUCCCUAGCCCAUCAUAGAGUGCUGAUUGAGGGCUCAGUUCAGAGCAGCCAGGCUGGCCUCUUACCUGCCAAUAGAUUGUAUAAUAGAAUAUUUGUAUCGCCAAGCAUCUGUGACAUGUGGAUAUGUAUUCAUUAUUUAUGUAUAUUUAGAUGUAUUUGAUACUCUGCAUGGUUUAAAAGAAUUUAUUCUGAAAACCAGGAUCAUUUGUAACAUUUGUAUGUCAGUUCAGUGUCAGUUCAGUUCAGACUUUGAAAAGUCAUGAGAAAUCGAGGAAUAUUCCCAGUUCCCUAGUGUUACCUGUCUAGUUCUCUUUGGAAAGGAGAAAACUUUUGGAUUAGUUAUUUGUCAGUGUUUUUGUUUGUUUUAUUGUUUUCAUGAUGUUCUGUGAACUUCUGAAAAGACAUGGCUUUGGAUACUGUGACUGUUAUUUUCCCUUUAGCCCAAAUUGUUGAUUCAGCCUAAAGAAUUCUAUUUUUUGAUGCCUCUUAACCAUUCAUGCAUGUGCAUGCUAUCUAGAUUGAUGCUACCUUUGCUCAAAUAUGUCUUAAGAUAAAGAACUAGCCAUUUAGAUCCUGUACUUAAAAGAUAAAGAAACCUGGAAGCUGUCCUCUGUGCCAAAAGUAAAGUGUCCAGUGUUUACAGAUGGGUGGAAUUUUGCACUUCUGUAGGGAAUGCUGAGGUUUUGUCACCAGCUUCCUUAGAUUUAUGAAUAGAUAGUUGCAGUUAAGCUUAUGAGAAGGAGUGUUGAGCCCUCUCAGGCUAAACUGGAAAUGAGACAGAUGGUUAGUUAAAAUGACUCCCUAGAGCUAGCUUGGGAGCACUUUUUCCACUUUGUUUGGAUAUGUUCUUUGUGUUGGCAGCUCUCUUUGUCUGCAGUAACUUUGUACUCCUUUAGAGGAGCUGCCAGCCCUCCCCUCCUGUGAGAGAAUGUCUCGUAGGCAUUUUGAGAUCUUUUGAUGUAAUAAAUGUGCAAUCCCAAGUAAUGCCGUUAUUGGUGAAUGUAGCAUUACUAAAGAAACUCUUACUAUAAAUUAUUUCUCAUCUUCCAUUAAUAGCCCCAUUUUUUGUUUGUUUGUUUUUGUUUUUCAAAGAGACAGAGUCUCUUGGUUGACCUAGAACUUACUUUGUAGACCAGGCUGUCCUCAAUCUCACAGAGAUCUGCCUGUCUCAGCCUUCUGAGUGCAAGGACUAAAGGCAUUUGCCACCACACCCAUCCUCUGUAGCCUUUUAAAUGACUAAUGUUAUGGAAAAUUAUCUCACAGACAUGGUGCUGCUUCCCUGCUUAUUUGCAUUUGCAUAGGUGCCUCCUUCAGUUCUUCUAGGAACACAGCACAGGAGAACUCAGUGUUUCUUAAGCUGGAGGAUAAGGGAAAAGGGCAAGUAGUACCAGGACUGUUCCUUUAGUGGUUUUAGGUGAGCAUUGUGUUGUGACACUUGAGGGUCAAUCUGAGCAUUUAAUUAGUUACCCAAAGGCGCUUUGUAUUUUUAAACAGCAAGUACUUAGAUGUGUGUAGACAUUUCCCUUUCCUUUCCUUUCCUUCCCUCCUUGGUGCUUCUUAAGCUCUCCUAGUUAGCUGGAUUUGGACAUUGCUUUUGUGCCAGAGCCCAUCUGUCACUCUGGGUGUUUAGAACUGCAGUUUACUUAUACAGGAUUCCUCUUCAGCCCAUCCUGAGCAAUGUUUUGGUUACAGAGUGGACCAUGAGCUCAGUUAGAGGAAAGCUGUGAGGUGAGAGCUGUGAUCUGGAUUCCUUUGUGUGGGAGAUGGGUUGGCAAUUACUUGAUGUUUGGUUUGUUUGAGCACUGAGGAGUUUGAGGUCAGUCUUUCCCCCUCUUCAUGUCCAUUUAUUUUCUCCAUGGUUUUACUUCUUGUUCAGUAAGAACCGCCCCUUUAAAACAACAAUAGAAGAUGCAAUGCUCUUGGCCUUUUCAGCACAUGGUAUAGUUUUAGUCAGAAUCUGAACAAGACUGUAGCUUGCUAUGAAUUGGUACAUCUUGGAAUGACUGCCUCAGCAGCUUGUGUCCUAGUCUGGAAGUUUUAAGCCUCAUUUUUCUCAACACACACACACACACACACACACACACACACACACACACAGCUUGUGUCCUAGUCUGGAAGUUUUAAGCCUCAUUUUUCUCAACACACACACACACACACACACACACACACACACACGCACACACGCACACACACAUGCACACACACAUGCACACACACACCCUACCAUUUCUACCUCAGUUUGCUGUGGAGAAUAUGAGGGAACAACUCUUUUACUGCCUUGAAGGUGGAGGAAGCUAGUAUUCUUGGUCAACUGUGCUCUGAAUUGAAUUGAGGAGCCUUUGUGUUCUGAAAGCGAGUGCAGUUCUCCUUGCUGCCUGCUUAACAGAGCCUGCAUUGCUUGUUCUAAAUCCCCUUGACACCAGGCUCCUCAUUAGGAAGAGUUGUCUCCAGAUGCUUUGAGAAGCACAUAUAAAUUUGGAUAGCACAUUGUGUCCUGAUGGAACUUUCUUUCUGUGGUCUUGUUGUAUAGGAAUUCUUUCUGCAUAUACUUGAGUAGAUAGGUGGCAUAGAUGCUUUGCUGGUGUGCAAAAAUAGGCAGUUUCAUGACACUCCCAAUCUAGUAGUCUCCAGUGCAGUAGGAAAUGAGGGGUAAUAAACUGAGAAGAAUGGCAGCUCAUGUCUUUGUCUAACUUUACAGUGCCACAAAGUUAAUAUCCCUAUACCUGGAUGUUUGCACUAUGUAAUGCUUGCAAUGCCUUUUUAUUGUGUUUUUGUGUAUUAAACAGUUUUCGUUUCA